GCGAGGAUGGCAGGGCUGGAUCUGGUACCGCGCAUGGCGCGCUAUCUGGACAAACACUUGAUCUUUCCCCUGCUCGAGCACGUCCAGCAGCAAGGAAUCUAUGCGGAGGAGGAUAUCUUGAAAGCCCAGUUCGACUUGUUGCAGAAAACCAAGCUCAUCGACUCUGCUAUCGAGAAGUAUAAGGCGAUCCACAAGACUGAAGACGUUCCGGAAGCUUUGAAGAACCAAAGGCAGGAUGUCGUGCUGCAACUGAAGGCCCUCAAGGCUGACUGCAAGCAGCUCCUGACUGUCAUCGAAGAUCCUUCCCUCAGCAAGAUCAAGGUGGAGGGGGAGAGCCGCGAGAAGAGCGCGCAGGCAUACAGGGAAGCGUUGGUGUCACUCAAGGAGAAACACAAUAUCAUUCCCGAGCACGUGGAGGCCCUUUACAAAUAUGCGAAAUUGUACUUUGAAUGCGGAAAUUAUGGAAUGGUGGAGGGAUCUGACAAGAUGGGAGCUGCUGAAUUCCUCCCCAUCUACAGAAUGCUCACUGCCGAUCCUAACUCAGAGAAUGCUUUCUCUGCUCUAUGGGGAAAACUGGCGUCCGAAAUCCUCCUUGGCAAGUGGGAGGAGGCGGCAGAUGAUCUCCGAACGCUGAGGGAAGCGAUCGACACCAAGCACUGGUCCAACCCUCUGCAGCAGCUCGAGCAGCGUACUUGGCUGGUGCAUUGGAGUCUUUUCGUGUACUUCAAGCCUGAAGCCAGCAAACUUUCUAACUCAAGGAGCGAGGUCAUCGAUCUCUUCUUCUCUCCUCCCUAUCUUCAGACCAUCCAGACAAACUGCUCGCACAUCUUGAGGUACCUGGCAGCAGCGGUGAUCACCAACCCCCGCCGAAGAAACGCCCUCAAGGACCUUGUGAGAAUCAUUCAGCAGGAGCACCACACGUACAGGGACCCCAUCACAGAGUUCGUGGAGUGCCUGCUGGUUAACUACGACUUCGAUAGCGCACAGGAGAAGCUCAGGCAGUGCGAGAAACUGCUUGCGAGUGACUACUUCCUGCAAGGAUUGAGCGAGGAAUUCAUUCAGAAUGCAAGAUUGUUCAUUUUCGAGACUUACUGCAGGAUUCAUCAGUGCAUAGACAUCUCUAUGCUUGCUGAUAAGUUGAACAUGGGACAAGAAGAGGCAGAGCUGUGGAUCGUGAACUUAAUUCGUAAUGCAAGACUAGAUGCGAAGAUUGACUCGGAAAAGCAUCAUGUCAUCAUGGGUAGCACGAAGCCGAGCGUGUAUCAGCAGGUUUGCACUAAGACCAAGUCUUUGUGCUUUCGCUCUUACGUGCUUGCGGGAAACUUCACCAAGCAGAGAUCAAAGUACGAUAGGGAAGACGAUAUGUAGAAGAUAUUUGGAAAGAGGGGAUUUUGAAAAGCUAGAAAUAAGAUAUUCUUCGAUGCAAAGU